CUACGUUGCUGUCAUUAAAAGGGGGAGGUGAAAUACGCUUUAUUUUGGUGGUGCGUUGCACGUGUUUAUAAUAAACCGCUUGUUAAGUGUAGCAAGUUUUAUGUAAAUCACACAAAAUGUUGAAAUCAGCGACAAACACAAAAUUGAAACCUGUUCCUGCUGAUGACAGCGAUAGUGAUUCCCUGGAAGGCGACAGCAGCGGCGAAGAUGAGUUUCUAUCCGAUGAGGAAUACCCAAUGUCUGAAGAUGAGAUGGAGCUAGAAGAUGAAAAUGGUGACGCAGCGGACGAUACGGAGCAGUCUGGUGAGCCCACGAAAUGGGCCAAAGCCAUGGCAAAGUUCCUGCGCAAAGCUACCGAAGAAAACAUUCUCUCCAAAGCGGCCACAGACGAACAGAAGGAGCGCAAAAAGAAACAGAGCAAAGAGCACGUAUUCGACGUGGUAAGUGCGGAGGGUACUGUUAAGAAGGAAACCGACUCUACCAAUGGUGACGGCACGGAAGAUAAGCCGAACGAAUUAAAAUUGGCACAAGAACUAUUGCGACAGAAAGCGGCACUUAAAAAGGUCCGACAAAAAGACAUUCUUGGCUUACGGGUGCGACCAUCCAUACAUGAUCAUGAGCGUGAAAGAACGCUACGGAAGGUGGCCACCAGGGGUACAGUGCAACUUUUCAAUGCCGUCCGGCAGCAACAGAAGCAAGUGAACCGAAAGCUGGAAGAUGCCGGCAAACUGGAAUACAAGCGUGAUAAGGUGCUCAAAAGCCUCAACAGGAAGGAGUUUUUGGAUGUGCUCAUGAACGGACCACGGGCAAAAUCGGAGCUGGUAGACAAUUUGGUCAAAAAGGAGGAAGAGGAUGAUAUCAAAUCGGAGGUGGAUUCGGAAGACGAGCCGAAAUCUACGUGGGGUGCACUGCGAGCCGAUUAUCUCACGGGGAAAAAAUCGGGUUGGGAUAAAGAGGACGACCAGGAGGAACCGAAUGUACCGGACGAUCUGGGGUCGGAUUCGGACAUGGAGUAGAAUAAAUUAUCACAUUUACAUCCGGCA